AUGGGGUCUCCUCCUAGUCCAAGCCAUGCAUUGUUGUUUGUAGCCGUAUCCCUGUCUCUAUUCCUCUAUUCUCCUGCUCCAACAAAAGCAGCAGCCACUCCACCGCCUUCUUCACCGGAUCUACUGGAAAACGUUUGUAACAAAACACAAGUAUAUGAGUUUUGCAUGGAAGCUCUUGGAUCCGACCCAAGAACCGCAUCGGCACCCGAUAUCCUUGCAAUUGCCAAGAUUGCCCUUGAUUUGGCGGUGACGAAUGCAACAAACGUACGCAACUACAUCGACGGCACGCUUAAGAGCAAUGAUAUCAAUUCCGACGCCCUGAAAACCGCCCUUGAAAAGUGUGCUUCUUGUUACGAAGCCGUGUAUUUUUCAUUCAGAAGCUCUCUGGCUGAAUUGGACGUAGAUGCCAUGACGGCAAACUACGAUGCCAAGGUUGCCGGCGACGACGUUCUUGAUUGUGAAAAUGAAAUGUCUUCUCGCGGGGUUUCUGAUCCAUCAAUGUCGGCCAAAGGCGAAGUGAUGAUGCAUUUUGUUAGUAUUGGAGAUGCCGUCACAGAUCUUCUUUGGCCAUAA